AUGCCUAGACCUCGAGUCUUGUAUUUUUUCCCUCGCUGCAGACUUUGCCGCUACAAGGUUGAGGAGGGCGACGACGCUGUCGUAGUGUCCGUGGACAACUAUCAGACUGCCCCGUUCACGUAUCGCUACGGCUCUUCUCACGUAGACAGGAAAUGGGGGAGGAAAAUACAGUGCUGCUCAGCACCAGUUCAGGACAUUGGCCGCCAUGAACCCGCAAUUGGGUGUCACAGCAGAUGUCUGGCAUUUUUGACCAAGCUGGAGCCUUUGUUGGAAUUUCGAUCCGGCAUGCCCCUGUGGCCCUAUACUGAAUUGAUUGAUAGGGAUAGCAAGCCAUCCGGGAUCGAUCUUAUCGACGCAUUAACGAAAAAUAGCCUGGAGAGACUGUACGACGUUAGACAGCCUGCCGGGGGAAGUAUACACCCUUUCAGUGUGAAGGGAUUUUUACACAGCACUGGGAUCUUCAGGUCUGUCUUUGCCAGGCGAACUCAGUGCGCUAGAUCGCCUAUACAUAGACUGUACACCACCAGCAUCUACUGGUAUGAUCCUCCUAUGUCUGAGGACGAGCGUCGACUGCGAGUUUCUACAGACAUGCUCUGCGACCUUCUUCGAACUACAAUUGGCCGCGACUGCAAACUUCCUACUGAAAUUUGGCGGAUGAUAGCAGCAUAUCUCUCUCUCGAGUACGCAAUCACGUCAUUAUGGACGGCACCUUACCGGGGAGAGUCAGCUGUGGUUCUUUCGGAAGAUAUAUGGGCGACGUAUGUCUGGAUCGACGGCGUCGCAUAUGUGUCGAGCCUCUCGCAUGAUCCAAACCCAGACGCCAAACAAAUCUUUGAAGCUGGCUCACAAGGCGAAAAUAUAAGCUUCUACAUUAUGGAAGAUCAUUUGGGAAUACGGCAGGUGCACAUAUCCAGAACGCCUCCGGCAGUCUACAGUUCAUCAGACCGGUGUGUGUGGUGGCGGGUUCACCCGGUCGAAGACAUGGAUGCCGAGUUCGUAUUUUCUUCCGACGGAAUCAAAUUGCAGCAACUCAAAAUGCCGUCAAAUGGGCGUGAUACCAAACUCCGGCACAUCCCCGCCAACUGUUCGUGGUCAGAACCUCUUCCACCCUCCGAGCUAGCAGUCUUGUCCCUGAUGCGGCUGAACGCGCGACUGGGAGUCCCGAGAUUUCUCUCAUUUACCAUCAAUGAGGCUGAUUGUACAGGAUACACCGCAUGUUGGAUCGUACCCAAGCACUCUAAGCGCGGGGCUGCCCUACUACGCCUGCACGCCCAUAAACCCGGAGAGGAUCAAAGUUUCUAUCAAGAAACUGCCAACCGUGGUGGGGACUUGGUCUGGACCUAUAUGCCAAUGAAAUCAGGAGAGAGAGUCGACCAAGUAUGGUGCAGGCAUGGCAAUUACUCUUUCGAUGUUACGCUCGCGUUGAAGACUUCAAUGUGCCGGAUAUUGGCCGUUGGCCCAUUCAAGACCGUGGAUUUUACCGAUUCAAGCAGCCCUUGGACGUGUAUUGCUCAGCUUUCAACAACCGGCUCCGAUCGGUUGUGGCUCGACGGUCCUCAUGCUGAUGGCCGAGCAGUUACAUGUAUCGCAGGACCGAUGCGUUCAAAAUACCCGAAGAAGCCGUUGCCCGUACACACAAUGGCGGCAUCCCCGUUUUUCAAGCUCGCCUCCUUCCAUUCGUCAGCUUCUCUUGAAGAUGUCAAGGAAAUUGUCGUUAGCCGGUUAGAGGCUUCCUCUCGUAAAUGGAUAUCCGGGAUGCUUUUCCGCUAUGAAAAUGGAGACGAAACCGCAGUCGGGGAUUUCCGACUAGACGCUGCUGGCAAACAUAUUCGUGUGGUGAAAUCUUCCGGUCUUUACCUCGGAAUGACAAAAUAUUCUAGCCGCACACAUGUCAGUGAGAUGGAUAUCGUUUCUCCCAACACGGGAUCGCUUUCCUGGGAAACUUUUCCAUGGUCAGGGAGAUUGCAUUGGUGGUUUACCCCGAAAACGUGCUAUGUAGAGCAUAGCGAGUUUCCCUAUAUCAACGGCGUCAUCGAGGUCAUCGAUGGGUGA